AUGCGCCGCCAUGCGCGCCCCGGCUCGCCCGCCGAGGACGGCCCGGCCAGGGUGCACGCCGGCCCCCCCAGGCCCCGGCCCCACCCGCACGACCACACGAGGCCGCUGCCGCCCCCCCGGCCGGUCGAGAGCCCGGUCGGCGCCCUGGCGCCCCUCACGGCUCCCCUGGCCCCGCUGGCGCCCCUGCAACCCGCCGGCAGCUUCCGCGCCCGGGAGCCCCCCGGCGGGACCGGCCCCCGGCUGCCCGAGCCCCCCCGCAGCCCCGUCGGCGAGGUGACCCUGGCCGUGCCCCGGCCGGACGGCGAGCGCGCCGUCAACGAGUACGUCGAGACGCCCCUGCGCCAGCCCGCCGUCCUCGAGAGCCUCGUCGAGGGCCCCAAGCCCGGCAAGGGCGAGCGCCGCCACCGCAAGGCGUCGCCCCCGCCCCGGCACCAGGCGCACCACCGCCGUCACCACCACCACCAUCACCACCACCACCACCAGCUGUCGCAGCACCCGCCCCAGCACCCUCACCAGCCCAGGAGCCACCACCGACACCCGCAGCGCCACCACGACCGCCUGCAGACCGCCGCCCCCGCCGUCACCAAGCAGCCGGUCUCCUUCACGAAGGAGCCCGCCAACGCCCUCGCCGCCGGCUCGCUCGCCCCGCGCCCCGGCGCCGAGGGCCUCUCCAUCAUCUGCGACUUCUGCGGCAGGUGCAGGUGCGAGUCCUGCCGGGAGCCGCCGCCGCUCCCCAGCCGGUGGCUCUGCGACGACGCGUGCUUCUGCUCGGCCGAGACCGCCCUCGACUACGCCUCCUGCCUCUGCUGCGUCAAGGGCCUCUUCUACCACUGCGCCGAGGGCGAGCCCCCCGCCGGCGGCUGCGCCGACGAGCCCUGCGCCUGCGGCGGCGCCCGCGCCGCCCCCCGCUGGGCCUGCCUCGGCGCCCUCGCCCUGGUCCUCCCGUGCCUCCUGUGCUACUGGCCCCUGAAGGGGUGCGUCGCCCUCUGCGAGGCCUGCUACGCCCGUCACGCCUCCCAGGGGUGCCGAUGCGACCCCGUGGCCGCCGCUGCCGCUGCCGCCGCCGCCGCUGCCGCCGCGGCGGCCGGACCCCAGGCCGGCGCCCUCGUCCUCCGGGACUCCCGCGACCCCGAGAAGCGGCUCCUCGACCCCGUCACCCCGGAGCUCUGAGGACGCCCACCGAGUACAAGAGAGUUGCAUUUAGCGCCCCGAGACGAGGGCGGAGGGACUCCGGUGUUUAUUUAUUGCUCCCCCACGUGGCGAACCACCCACUUUUUUAAGGCCCGAGUGGAACGCGGGGGACCGACUCUACCACUACGCAUGGUUAGAUCUAUCUAUUAUAAAUAUAUAAAUAGCCCGCGCGAGGCCUUCGGACUGGGUAUAUUCUAUUGUAUAUUGAACUUGUAUAAAGUGCGCGCGACUUUUCUACCAGUUAAUUUAUUUGCGGGGCGACCGCGAGCGGCCUAACGAGCCGCCGGCCUCGCCGCGCGGCUCGGCCCGGACGUUUCUCUCUCGUCGGGACGAAACGAGGAACUCGAAGGUCUCCCGACGGUCGGGACCCCGUUGACGGUGGGUCGGGAAGGUCCACCGUCUACGUCGGCCGGGCCGUUGACGUCGAUGAGAGCACGGGAUAAACACUAAACGCUAAUUGUUAAUGUUAAAUAGGAUGUUAAAGAUUGCGGCGCGAGACCGAUGUCGAUCACUUUCCCUGGGAGGUCCUCUCCUCGCGUCGAGGCGCGCGGAUGGAGGUUUUCCCUCUUUUAUGAUUUUUUUUUUUUUUUUUUAAUGGUUUUUCUUUAACUCGAUGUACAUAGAAACCAGUGGGCGCGAUUUGAUUCGGAAGGGAGGAAAUUCACGUGAGAAUUUACGCGGCGCUUAGGUUAACGACUUGCGAGGGCACACUCGGACAUUUCGCGGGGUUCCCUUUCUCCGCAUUUCUCUCUGUCUCUUCGCGAUCCGAGGGCAUUCGCUGGAUUCUGAUUUUGGAGCCGCUUCUUCCAGUAUUAUCUAGUCUCUCGAGCGCUCUCCAAGAGGGCGGGAACGUGUUUACAUUCGGAGAUUUGAAUUCACCGAAAUGCCGAGUGCACCCUAUCCCGCGGGAACGCGACUUUCCUGACGAAUUUUAGGAUCUAAAGGAUUAUCGGGGAUCGUCCUCGAUUCUCCUUUUGACCCCCUCUCUCGUUCUGGUUUUAUUCCUUUCGAUUUCUUUUAACCCUUGCGCUAAGGCGGGUGACUAUGGUCACCGUACGUUUGGUCCAAUAUUGCCUGCACGGUCGGGCGAAUUUCGCCCGUAUGUCGAGAAGGCUCCGUGUGCAAAGGGUUAAUUUCUUUUAAUUUCAUUUAAUUUCUUUUAACUCCUCUCGGGGGGAGACCUCGUCGAGGACGCGUUCCGUAAGCGCGCGAUGACCGAUAUCAUCGAUUAUCGAUUAUCCGAUCGCUUUAUCCCGAGGCUCAUCGGCGCUCGCGACGGGCGUCGAGGGUCGCGCACCGCAAAGGAAGCAAACAAUCUUUUAAUUAACUUUUAAGCCUACGCCUUCUGUAUAUGUAGUAUGUCCUUGUAAAUAUAUAUAUAUAUACACACAUAUAUAUAAAAAAAAAUGUAUGUAUACAUAUGCAUAUAG